AUGGACUUUCGCGGCGACCGGCAGCGGUUGGGGUUCCGCGGUGGCCUGUGCGAGCUGCCGCAUGACAUACUCUCACACGCACUCUCGCACGUCGUCGUGCGCGGCGGCUGUGCUGCUGCGGGCCGCCUAAGGCAGGCAUGCUCCUUCUUUGCGUCCCGAGGCGGCAGCUUGGCAAUGGAGCAGGGCUGCCGGAGUGUCGUGGCAGCCCGGUGGGGGGUGAGCGAGUGGGAGGCGGAGGGCCGUCGCGGACGUGCCGCCACGAGGCCUGUGCUUGAAGUGCGCGACGGGGCCUGGCGGCGCGGCGACUGGGUUCUCACCGCGGCGUACGCGGUCGACUUGCCGCUCGCAGUCUCUCGCUUUGUAGAGGCGCGGCGGCGGGUGCAGGAGCUGCCACCUGGGACGGCGGACUACGAGGACAAGGUGCACUUGCUGGAGGCGCGGCUCGCGAUCAUGCGCGCCUGCCACGGCCGUGAGGCGGCCGGCACCUCUACUCUCUACCACGAGCGGAGGCGCCUUCCUGGAGCCUUCUGCGAGCCUCCUAGGCGGCACCUCUUCGUCGACUUUCAGAUGCGCGUGCGAGAGAUGGCCGAGACGGCCGCCGUCGUCCCGCCGCCGCCGCCCCUCCCGGCAGAGCUGCGCGCCGCGCUACUCGAGGCGCCGCAGGGCAGAGAGAGACAGAGGGAGCGAGAGGCGCCGCUGGAUGCCAAGUUCCGCUCGGUGCAGCUCGGCUGCCGCACCCUCCGGCUCCAGGCGCCGGCCGACGCGAACGGGUGGCAGCGCCUCUCCUGA